CAAAACGUAAACAACAGGAAUCUACUUCUAGGGUAGAUUUUGUCAUUAAAUACAUCGAUUUUUGUGGUAAAACCUGUAUUAGUUAGGAUGUGUCAAAUCAAAAAAUGGAGAUAAACAUCGUGAUUGGAUUCAAAUACUUACCGAAUUCAAUAAUAUUGAGCGGCUUGAUCUUAGUUGCAUGAAAAAGUUGACGAAAUUGAUUCACAUAAUUUCUUUGUUAGGAUUAUAAAAUGUCUCACCAAACUCAGUAGUUGAAUUUUAAAUAAAUAAUUGAUGAGUAUACUUCAUAUCGAAAAUCUAUCUAAUUUUUCUACGUCUAAUCUCACAUCACUCAAACUUCAAGUGAAUCGAAUCGAUAAAAUUUGUAAUCUUGAAUCGUUAAAAAAUUUAAUUGAACUAGAUUUAUCACAUAAUUACAUAUGUCGUAUAGAAAAUCUUCAGACUUUAACAAAACUACAAAAUUUAGUGUUAAACCACAAUCCAAUAUCAUGUAUUGAAAAUUUGGACGCUCAAAAAAAAUCUAUGGAAAUGCUUGACAUUUCUUACUGCAAUAUUUCUAACUUAAAAUAUAUAUUAUACCUCAAUCAGUUUAAAAAUCUAGUAUCAAUAGUAGUUGAAGGUAAUCCUAUUCGGUUUGAACCAACUGGUGCUGAUCGACAGAUUACAAUUUGCAUGAUUCAGUCCUUACGCGUUUAUAACAAAAAAAUGGUUCUUGCCAAUGAAAGACUGAAAGCUUAUAAGGAUCUCAGUAAAUUGCAUGAACUAACCGUCAAAAACGAUAAAAAAAUGAAACAUCAAAUUGAAGAAGAAAGGAAAGGUGUCAUGAAUAAAAUGUGGCAGAAGGAAUCUUUUAUAGAUGAUUUAUUAGAUGGAGACGUUAUAAAUUUGAAUGAUACAGUUUUUGAAAAUGAUACAGUAAAAAAACUUUUAAGUAAAAAUAGUCAUUUCGGAAUCCAAAAAUCAUAUAGAACGUUUUCUGAUAAAUUUAAAUGUCAAGUAGACGAUAUCAUAGAGGCCGCGGAAAAGAAUAGGCAUAUUCGAGUUGGUCUAUUACAAAAAUUUUACAAUGAGUUGGAAGAACUAACACAAGACAGAAUCAACAAAAGUAGAAGAAAUGUGUUAAAAUUUAUGGAAGAGAAGAAAAAUUACUUAGAAAACUAUCAUUCUAAGGAAUUUGAUAGUAAAUCAAAUAAAUAUAUAGAUAGUAGAUUAAAGAAGUUGUGGGUUGUAUUGAUGAGUCAAGAAGACGGUUUGACAAGAGAAAUUAAUACUAUGAUAGAAGAUUUGCACGAUUUGCUUGAAAAAGAAAUUGACCAAUUUAAACACGUGAUUUAUGAUCGGUUUUAUUCUUUACAAACUCAGCUAAAUAUGUUUUUACAAUUUAUUUUAGAAUCUUUAUCUUCUUUUGAAUUAGAUGACCCAAAUAAACGCUUUUCUAAAGUAUCUAACAUGACUAAUGACAUAUCUUCAUUCAUGGAGCACCAAUUUUUACUAAUUAAUUAUACUGAGUCGUGUAUCAUGAAAAAAGCAUCAGAGUGGCUUUCUACAAUAUUUUAUAACCUUAAAAGAACUGAAAAUCGAAGAAAUCGCCAAAAAUUAUAUGAAAUCGCGACUUUUGUACAGUUUCAGAGUACAAAGAAUAACAAUCAGAUAAAUUCUAAAAAUAAUUAGGAUAACAAUUUAUAAGUUAUACAAUUUGUAGACAUUUUUAUCAUACUAUUAUAUUAACUAUACUGAGGCAAAAUUUUAUUUUAAUUAUUUUUCAUUUAAUAAUAAAAAUAAUAUUAAUAUUGUAAUAUAAUAAUGAGUUUUCCUUUAAUUUUCGAAAGUUACGCCUAAAAUUUCUCCAUAGAAAUAAUGUUUUCUUACAAUAAUCUUAAUGUUUGCUAGAGUUCAUAAAAAUUAAUUUUUUUUAUAUUGUACAUUUUAAUGAAAAAUAGAAGUAACAAAACAUAUUUGAUGCAUAAAAUACGUUACCAUACUUUUUAAUGACGAAACAUACAAAUUUAUAGUUCGCUUUCAUGUUACAUUUAUUUUGUAAAAUUAUUUUAAAAAUGUUUUUUUCAAAAUAAUAUGUAACUCAAUUGAUUUCGUGCGACAGAAAAUAUUAUACAAAUUAAUUUUGUAAAAUAUGUACUUUUAAGUAAGUGUAUAUUUUAUAAAAUAAAUAAUGACAUAUUUCGUUUUUAU